ACGUGAUCACCGCAGUUGCUAGGUUACCACCAGGCUGUCAAUCAAACUCUCAGCGACAGAGAACGUAACGUUUCUCCACCUGGAUUAGGAAAACAUAUGUGAGUCAAAAGCAGUGGAACUGAGGCAACAUGUGUGCCAUGUGCAGCAAUCAUCAGCAGCUGUUUCAACUAAAGACUUUAAGAAAGUUGAUGUACUGCAGUACUGUCAUCACCGUCCUCUCUCUCAUUCUGCUGUUCUUUAACUACAGGGUCGACUGGAUCAAGUUCUACAAAGCAACCAGUGAGCCUCAGAUCUUUGUGCAACCCGCAGUGCCUCAACAAUGUGGUCAAGGACAAAUAGUUCCUCAGGGACAAAAGGUCGCAGUCAACAAGACAAAAACGCUGCUCAUGUCAGCUUAUCAGGAGCACCGUACAGGCAGAAAGGAGGUUCGUGUUAUUGCAGUGGUGCUGAGGAGUGAGACAGUAGCCUAUCGCUGCCUCCUCUGUUGUCAUGACCAACUGUACAUCUCUGAAGGUGUCAGCAACAUCCACACCAAUCACUUUGGUUUUGCAUAUGGGACAGCAGACAUCAUGUGUCCUCUCCCCUCAGGCUGUGAGACUCCAUCUUAUAUCACUGUGACCUCUGCUGCAGCAGACUCUGAAGAUAAACCUGACAAAGAGUUUUUGAAAGUGAAUAACCAGAAGGCCAUAAGUGACUCCUUUCCUUACAAUUUCACCGUCUGCCUCUCCACCAUGUUUGAUUUCACCAACGUGCUGCAGCUGGUCCAGGGUUUGGAAAUGCUGCAGUUACUGGGGGUGAACAGAGUUGUCAUCUAUAAGACCAGCAACAGCCCUGAAAUAAAGCACGUACUGGACUACUACACACAAAAAGGUUUAGUAGAGGUGAUUCCUUGGUCUAUGUCCAGAUUCCUGAAUGUAUCUCGAGGCUGGCUGCCUGAACACGGUCCAGGUGACCUCCACUACUUCGGCCAGAUUCCUGCUCUCAAUGACUUUAUUUACAGAUACAUGUACCAAUCCAGAUAUGUGGCCCUGCAGGAUAUAGAUGAGCUCAUACUGCCCCAGUCAGUCAACAGUUGGUCGGAGCUGUUGCCUCUGCUGGAAAAGAAAUAUGGGGCUGACAAGUGUUACAUGUUUGAGAAUAACGUGUUCCCCAACACCAUCACUCUGCCUCCUCCCACCUCCGAAACUCUGCCCCCACAGAGCCGCUGCUGCCCCGGCUGGCAGAAUGUAUCCGGGGUGAACAUUCUGGCUCACCUGUACCAGGAACCCAUCAUUAAAGAGACUCAUUACAGCAACUUCAAGAUAAUUGUCAACCCCCGAGCUGUGUUCAUCCCAAAAGUCCACGGGCUGCUGGACUCACUGCACGGCUGCUCCUGGGUUGACAGGAAUAUAGCACGGAUGUACCACACCAGAGCUCCAAAACAACCCAAUCUGACACCAGACCAGCUGAUUUAUGAUGGCCGACUGCUGAGCUACAGUGCCCAGCUCACAUUGACUGUCAAUACUGUGCUCAUGGAGAGUGGACUUCUACCAGAGGAUUGUGUGUGUGUGCUAGAACAAGAAGCCAAGUUGUAACAGGAUCUUUUUUAACGUCUUUAAGAUAAAUAUAUGUUUUAAGGAUAUUUGCCUUUAUUGACAGGAGAGCUCAGGAUAGACAGGAAAGGGGGAGAGAAAGAGAGGAGAUGACAUGCAGCAAACAGCCACAGGUUGGACUCAAACCCCAGCUCUACCAGGGGAGCUACAAGGACGCUGCUGCAAAGGUGUUUAAAGACACAUAUAAUUGAACACACAGCAAACAAACAGUCUUUAUUAAACAGGGCUACGUCUAUACACCUUUGAUAGCAGCUCUCUGAGGCGGAACUUUGGCCCAGCAGUGCUUUGAGCUAAAUGCUAAUAUCAGCAUGCUAACACAGACACACACACACACUGACACUGCUAAAGUGUGUGAAACCGGUAAAAUGCAUCGUUACCUGAAUAAAAUGACUCUGAGUUUGAAUAUUGUUGGAAACAUUUGGGAUAAUGGAAGUACACAACUCAACAUAAUAUAUAACAUAGGUUGCACAUCAAUGAGCCACACUAGUUUAUUUUGACUCAAUCACACAUACACUGUCCUGCUGUACGAAUACUCGCUAGAGCACCAAAUGUGGAUUAAUCCGCCACAGAAAAUAGUCCCUAAUGAGUGCAUUGCAAAUUUCUUCCCCUUUGAGUUCAAAGAGCUGCAUUUCCUGUUUGUAUCAUUAUUUCCUUGUUUGGGUUAUUUUUUCCAUACUGUAUAAUUCAUUUUCUUUUGUCGAUCACAGUUCUGUAUCAGUUACUGUUCAGUAAAUGAAUGAAUCUGUUGAGGAGCAGGUCUUCUAAUGUUUGCAGACAAUAAAACACCUCUGGCAGCUUCAGUUGACAGAAUAUUUUGUAUCUAUGCUAGCACUGUUCAGAUAAAAACAACGGUACAUUAGAAUUGCACCAACUUACCAAGAGAAGGCUACAUUAACUAAAUAUAGAUGACAAGCCAUUGCACUGAUGUUCACUGUCGUAUAUGUUUCUGUGGAAUACCUUAAAAUGUGAGAAACGUGAAGAAACUGUUCACAAAAGACAGAAGGAAAUAUUAACUUGAAACUGUUGCUGCCUUUUUACACAUUUGUUCAUUAAGUUAUUGUGUAAUGUCAUUGUCUGAAGAAAAUCCUACUGUAUUUGUAAUAAAGGUUUGGGACUGGAUACAUUUUCAGUAUAUAUUUGAAGUCUUA